AUGUUAAUAAGUUUUACACCAAUUCAAUUGAAACAGGUAUUGGAUAUUUGUUCAAUUCUUUCUUCACUUCCCAAUUGUAAAUUUUCAACUUGUAAAUUAAUAACCUCAAUUGGUGCUUCAACACAAGCGAAUUUGUAUCUAUUCAAAUUGGAUCAAGGUACAAUAAUUUCAAAUUUCAAAUCAAUUUAUCAAAAUUUAUUUAAAUCACCAUCUUUAGUAUUGUAUAUGUAUAUUCAAAAAUCAAUAAAGAGUUUUCAACAACCACAAAAUUAUCAACAACAGCAACAACAACAGCAACAACAGCAUAUUCAAAAAGAAUCAGUUAUUAUUCAACAAUUAAAUCAAAUUAUACCACCAGAAGAAUUAAAUAGAAUAAAAAGUUAUUUACAAUCAUUACCUCAACCAUUGGGUAUAAUAGAAAUGCCUGAUGAAGAACGUUUUAAGGAGCAAUUAAAUACAAUCAAACAAUUUGACGAAUUUAAGAAAAACAAUUUAAAGGAAAGAUAUAAUCAAUUUACAACUUCAAACAUUAUAAAUAUUGCUUCAGUAUUUCCAAUACCCACACUUUCAAAUGGUACUAUUAAUGGGAAUCAUAUUACUACAAACAACAACAAUAAUAAUAAUAAUGAUAAUAAUAAUAAUAAUAAUAACAAUGGUGUAAAUGGUUUAAUGGUUUCUUCAAAUGGUAAACUAUAUAAUCCAAACAAACCAAUUCCAAUUGGAUUUAGUGAGGAUGUACUAUACUCUGGAUUGGAUGCAAUUAAGGAUGGUUUGGAUAAAAUUUCAAAACAAAUCUCAUUUGGUAUCAAAAUGGAUAAAACUAAAUUAGAAAAAUUUAGACUACAAUACAAACAAACUGGUGAAAAAUUAAUGGAGAUUGGUGAUGCUUUAAUGUUAUCACAACAACAUAAUAAUAAUAAUAAUAAUAAUUAA